GUCGGACCUGGGCCGCAGGCGUGGCAGUGGCACCGGACACCUGUCCUGGCGGUGUCACUAGGGGCUGUCGGGGAUCCGUGGGCCGGGCUCCGUACACGGGGCACUUGGCUCUGCGAGAAGAACGCGCUGGUUUGGAAGCGGUGCCCGCCGGGACAAUGGUACCGGGACUGUAAGUUAUGAACUCUUUCUGGAGAGCCUGUUAGUUCCUGCCGAUGUAAUCUCUGCCGGAAGCCACGGUAAUUGCCGCUGUUGCUGCUGUGAGGCAGCGGUGUUGCUGCGUUGUUUUGGUGUGGGAAAGGUAAAAGGAUACAUGUUCACUUCAAGUAGAAAGGAGCAUGUUCCCGAAUUCUUCCAACUUGGGUCGUCCACCCUUCCCUUCAAAGCAUCAGCAACAGAGUAAUUUCUUCAAUGUACUUCCCGUAAAUAUACCUCCUACUCUUUCUCACCAGCAAACUGUUGUUCCUCCGUUGAAUUUUCGCACUGCAGUUCUUUCUAGAGCUCUUUUGAGUGGGAACCUUGCAGCUACUCCAGCUGUUACUUCAACUGCUACACUGCAACCAAUGACUUAUGGAAAUGUCAGUCCAGUGUCUACGUCAGGUGCCCUCACAUCGUUUCAAGGAAGAAAGAGGCAAAGUGAACAAAGUGUUUCACGUAAUGUCAAACGGCAGCGGAUUGAUUCACAGAAUUCUGACACAACUGUAGUUAACCAAGCCGUGCCUUUACCAGAAGAACGUCAACACUCCUUCCCAGGACCAAUUUCAAUUCAGUCUCCAUCGUUCCUUGCACGUGGCUCACCAGCUUUAGCUAGAUGCGUCCCUCCGUUGCGAGAUACUUUGUUUCCAGACCCUACAGAAGCCAGACUCCCUCUGGCCAAAGAUGAGUUAAGUCAACAGGUUUUGGAGUUGUUUCAAGCAUGUCAACAACAGGCCUCUGAUUUGGACAGCAAAGAGCUCUGCAGAACAGAACUCCAGAGAGAAAUUCAGCUAAUUUUUCCACAGAGCAGACUUUAUUUGGUUGGAUCCUCUCUGAAUGGAUUUGGCACUCGUAGUAGUGAUGGUGAUUUAUGCCUGGUGGUUAAAGAAGAACCAGUGAAUCAGAAGACUGAAGCAAGACGUAUACUCAGCUCAGUUCAAAAACUCUUCAGUACUAAACUUUCAAGCUACAUUGAGCGACCUCAGCUGAUUAGAGCAAAAGUGCCAAUAGUGAAAUUCAGGGAUAAAGUCAGUAGCUAUGUGGAGUUCGACUUGAAUGUAAACAAUGUUGUAGGGAUAAGAAAUACAUUCCUUCUGAGAACCUAUGCAUUCAAUUUCCCUUAUUCCUUUCAGGAAAUCACUGCAAGGCAGAUGAGUCUAGAUGGGAAAAGAGCAGUGGAAGGGGUCCUAGUAUCCCACCUUGGUGCCCACUUUUUUGAGAAUCGAGUUCGUCCAUUAGUACUGGUUAUUAAGAAGUGGGCAAGUUUUCAUGAGAUAAAUGAUGCCAGUCGUGGUACUUUAAACAGCUACAGUCUUGUGCUGAUGGUUUUGCACUAUUUACAGACCCUACCUGAACCCAUCCUUCCAUCCCUGCAGAAAAAUUACCCGGAAUGUUUUGAUCCUACUAUGCAGUUGCAUCUUGUUCAUCAAGCUCCAUGUACCAUUCCUCCUUACAUCUCAAAAAAUGGAUCAAGUCUUGGAGAUUUGCUAAUAGGCUUCUUCAAAUAUUAUGCCACAGAAUUUGAUUGGAGCCAUCAAAUGAUUUCGGUUCGUGAAGCCAAAGCUAUUCCAAGACCUGAUGGUAUUGAAUGGAGAAACAAAUUUAUUUGUGUAGAAGAGCCAUUUGAUGGGACAAAUACUGCUAGAGCUGUACAUGAGAAACAGAAGUUUGAUAUGAUCAGAGGUGAAUUUGCACAGGCUUGGCGGGUAUUACGAGAUAAGAAAGACCUGAAAUGUAUAUUACCUUUAAGAGCAGACAAACUGAAAAGAUAACCAACUUCUUUUACUUUUUUUUUUUUUUUUGAUCCUGCUGAAACAAUGAACAGUAUCAAAAUCAGGAGGCAUCUACCCCAUGGCUCUUUACAACCUGUUUUUCUCUAUAAACUUUUGUUAAGGAAAUGCUUAUUAUAAGGAUGUGACAUAUUUUAUUACCAACAUUUGUUAAUACAGCUGUUCAUUCAAAGAUAUGUUUUCUGAAAAUGCUUGUAUUGCUGGCUUCUAGAAGAAACUCACAGCAAACAACAAGAAUAAAUCUAUUUCAGGGAAAGUAUGGGGAUAUAUUGACUUGUUGUUUGCAUAAUCUGUGUAGCCAUUAAUUCAGACAGAUUUAACAAUGGAACACUAGACAUUCAAAGUUAAUCAGUGUGCAAAUCUGACUCCAUCCUUAAGGCACUGUGCACAGUACCCACUUCUUGGUGAACAGAGAGCCCAUGCUUUACAUCUGCUUAAUUUUAGUAAGCACUUUGGUUCAACUUGGCACUUUCCAGUUUUAUUUCACUUGGAAUAGCAAGUGACUCUUUAUGAAAAUGAAGCUAGAUUAUGGUUGGUAGUGUUCUGGAUAUUAAGAACUGUAAUCUAAACUGGAAUUUUCCAGCAACAUUUUUACUACGAAGAAGAUGAAAUAAAAAAGCUCAAUUCAAUAUACAUAAAUGCUUCAUAUUCACACAGAGUAGGCAAAAAAAAAUUUUGUACUUCCUUUUACAUAUUUGAAGUAGUAGUGAUGCCUGCUUUGGAGAAAAAGAAAAAGACCAAAUCAAAACACCUCUCAACCCUACCAAUGCUACAAUAAGCUGGACUUCUCAUUUGAUUUUGUGUAAAUAUUUGUAAAUUGGUCAGCCAUUGUAAACCGAAUUUAAAUAAAUAAUAUUGAAAAUUUGGACUCUUCCAAAAAAAUUGCACACCCUUUCUUAGACCUCCUGUAGCACAAUUUCUGCCUCUCAUAUAUUUGCUAUUGAAGACCAAUUAGUUGUUAAAACUAUACUUACCACUGAUGUCAAAUUCAUACUUCCAUUUUUUAAGUUAAUAUUUAUAUGGUGUCCAGUGAAAUAAAAGUUUAUAUAUGGAAGAUACAGGUUAUUUUUCCAAUUUCUGUUACUUUGUACUGCAUAUUUAAAAUAUUUCCUAUAAUUAAGUAGAAUAGGAAAUGGCCAGUAAGGUAGGGCCCAUGUUGCAAAUCAUAAACAUCUAUUAUGGCUAUUUUGCAGUGCAUCUGUGAACAGGUAAAAGUUUGAUUUAUUGCAUUCACUAAUAAUAGUGCAACAACCCCUAUAACUGUAAAAUAACAAGCAUUAUCACUUCUCAUGCAAACUUUAAAGUUCUAGUUUAUUUCAAAGUUCUAGGAACUGUAAACUAUUUGCCUGAUGUGUGAUUACUUCCUGCACACUUCAUCAUAGUCUAGUCUAUAUAGGAUUUGGCUUGCUUUUUAAAACACUUCCUUCUGUAAUUUGAACAGUCUUUCACUUUUGAUCUGACUCUAUCAGGCCACUGAAACAUUUUCCCUCCAUGUGGAUGUUCCCUCUCUCAACCCUUCCUCUAAAGGAUGGUAGACUUGCAUCUCAGUGAAACGUUCACUCUGAUCUGCUUUAAAACUGUCCCAACGUAGGAUAAGCAAGAAGGGACAUACAUGUUCAAACUUGGCAAAAAUGUAUUUUAAGUGAGCUGGAUGUCAGGCACAAAAUUUUGUGUUUCUUACAAGUUUGCAUUGCAUCGCCUAAUGUAUCAACAUUUCUUACACCUUAAAUUAAUGCUCUGUGUUUGAAACCACUUCUCCCUAAAUGUUUUAAAAAAGUUAGUUAAAAAAAUUGUAAUACCUACCUGCAACUCUGUAAAAAUUUACAAGUCAAGGUCUGUAACCACAAUGUCUGUCUUUCAAAAGAAUUCUUUUGUGUUUUUCUCUGAAGUUGAUGUACUUCUGAUAAGCUACAUCUAUAAUCAGAAAUAUAAACUCUAGAUGGUUGAUUUCCCUAGUUGUUUGAGGACAAGCCUGUUUAUAGCAUAUUUAUUAAAUGGUGGCUGCAACUUUUUUCUGAAAACUUCUAAUAUAAUACCACAAAAUAAAUGGCUUGGGGAGAGUGGGUAGGAACUGAACUUUAACUUUGAUUCAGUUCUGCUUAGUCUGAAGUUGUUCAGAGGUUUAAUGACCUGGAUUUUCAUCUACUCUGGGCAAAUAUCCAGAGGGAGAAAUUGGGUAAUGGCUAUCAUAAAUUUUAGUGUUAGUGUGAAGCUUUUCCUUCUCCUCAGCUUCAAAAUAAAAACCUUCACCCACUUAUCUCUUGGCAUACACCCUAGCAGGAAUAUUUUUUUCUGAGAAAUCUUUGGUAAAAGGUGUUUUUCAUGGCUGACCAAGGUUUCACUGUGUGUGCAAGAUGCUGUCUUUGAGGUUUGUAACUGCCUCAAAAUAAAAAUGCUUUGGUUCAACUCUUUGUUGUUUUAGGACUGUUCUUGUCUACUCAUUUUGGCAUUAGGUUUGCUUGUCUUUUCUCACCUUAUAUGUCAGAAACCACUAGUGUCUUCUGUAGGAAUUUAAGAACUCUCUUCAGUCCUCCAGGAGUACUUUUAAUGAACAGGCUCAGAGGUGCAUGGGAGGACCAAAAGUUAACAAGAGCUUCCAUUUUGGUGACAGAAAUGCAGAACUGGCAUAGGCUGUAAACUGUGAAACUUAAAGUUUCUCUUCUAGCUCUUGUUCUCACUUUUCUUAAAAUGUGAAUGUGUAAGUGUACUCUCAGUACCUUAAGGUAUUCUGGCAGUAUAAGGGUAUUUUUUUUUUAUUUUUUUUUUUGAAAAAAGCAAUCAAUAUAAAUAAAUUUUAAGACUCAUAUUAUGGGGUGACAUGAUAAUUUGGGAGAAAUGGGCAGCCAUGAUGAAAGGAUGUAAGGUGACUUGUAGAAAAUCUAAAGUUAGCAUUUGUGAAUACCAUCCCAAGUGCUUCUUUGGAACCAGUGUUUUCCUUAUACUUGGGUCAUUGGACUGAAUUCACAGUAUAUUUGGUGUUAAAUUUAAGUCUAUCAGCAAAUGUCACUCUUGGUUUAUUACUCUACUUGCACUGGGUUGUCUUGUAUUUUGUAGGGGUUUUUUUUGUUUGUGUUGUUGUCUGUAAUCCUUGUGUGUUCUGAUAUAAAUCUUUCCCUCAUUGAUUUUACAGAGUAUGAUGCUUGUAGGAAAAGCGUGAAAAAAUGCACUAUUUUUGGUCAAUUUACAGGACAAAUUAACUUAUGAGAAGUACAGGAGGGAGAGCACUAGGUCUGGAGAUAAUUUGAAGAGGUUCUGGUAAAAGAGUACUCACCUUUCUUUUACUGUACUGAAGACUGAAUCAAAACUUGUGCUUAAUAUAUAAGCAUUUCUAGAAAAUUUGUAAUGCUCUUGCCUUCCACUUGUAAAGAAUGUGAAGUACUCUACCUUAAAUUUCAUUGUGCUGUGUGCACUGUCUGUGCUCAUGAUAAAAUGUAGUGUUUAAUUUAGUUUAAUAUUCAUUUCAAAUACACUUUUUAAAAAAGUUACAUUCUCACCUUGUAAAUUGUGUAUGUCAAUGGGUAGGUCAAGGGAGCACAAAGAUUUUACCCGUCUGUAUUGUUUUGAAAUGUCGGGGGGAUUUUAGUUUACCUUUGCAGAGAUGGCUUGUACUCAGAAAUACCUGGUUGGGUGUUUCUAUACUUAUAGCACAAGGAAGAAUUUCCUGACUGAUUUAUAACCACCUAUUUAUUUGAAGAAUGGUAAAAAUAAUGGGGGUGUUAGGGUUAUGCUGUGUAUACAGUGGUUUAUACCUGAAAUACCUUGGAAGUUUGUUAUUUUGAAUCAGAGGUGCUUUUCCUCCUCUUCUGAAAAUAUUUUUGUUUAAUUUGUCACUAAUUUGGCUGGUACAUGUUGGAAAUAUUUCCAUUUUGUCUGUGAAAAGCACUGCAUUUUGUGUAAAAUGCAGAAUAAUAAAGGGUAAACGUGGCUUAACCUAAA